AAAAUCUCACCUUUAAUCUUUUUUGAUUGAAAUAAAAUCUCAAAUUCGAUCAAAGAAAUGCAAACACCAUCUGUUCCUGGAAGAAGUCUCUACCUCAACCUCAUCAUCGUCUUAGCGCUCUUUGCAUCGAUCACCAUGGCUGAAUCAACGGGAGAAGCAUCGUCGGAAGCGAAGGUCCACAUCAUCUACACCGAGAAGCCCACCGAUGAGGAACCUAAAGACUAUCAUCUCCGUACUCUCUCCUCCGCUCUCGGCAGUGAGGAAGCAGCAAAGGACGCUCUGAUCUACAGUUACAAGGAAGCUGCUUCUGGUUUCUCAGCUAAGCUCACACCUGAGCAAGUCACCGAGAUCUCCAAGCAACCAGGUGUGAUUCAAGUUGUGCCGAGCCAGACCUACCAUUUGCACAAACCUGUUGGUGCUGGUUUCAAGCUCACCUAACUAAUAUGUAGCUUCUUGUUGUUGUAAAUGUCGUGGCUUUCAGAACUGGUAUCUAACUAUAAUAAUGCCAUGAGUUUGCUUUGGAUUCUAGUUGUUCUGUGUUGUUGAGAAAUUGGGUCUUAUAAAUAUAUUAUUUGAAGACAUAAUUGUUAUUCUAUA